AUGGAGACAAACAUCUUGGCUGAUGGUCUCAGCGGCCUCCGGGCCAUUGCCGAUACCACUUUCCGGCUGACGAUGGACAGCAGAAAACAGACCGAAAUACGAAGAGUCGCCAACGAAAUACAGAACAUUGCUGGCCUGCUGCACCAGCUCGCCCUCCUAUCUUCGACCUUUGGAGACGAUCACGGCUGUGAAUGUGUCCUAUCGCAGCUGAGGUCAUGCCAUAAAACAUUGGACCACUUGGAAAGGUUGCUAUUGAGACGGAAAGCCGAUUCUCAGCUUAAAAAUGUAACUCCCAAAUGGCCAUUUACGAUCGCUUGGACAACAGACCUAUCAAAAGAGCUGAACGAACAGAAAGAAGCACUCGCUCGAGGGUUGUCUGCAGAGUCAACAAGUGACUUGCAUCAGACAUUGUCCAGCCGGAAAUACGUUGUGGAUAGCAAAGCGAUCGCCCAGCACACUAGCAUUGCGGCCGUUGUCGCAGUCGAACCAGGUUCCCUAGAGAUCAUCAACUUCUUUCUCGAAUUCGACCAAACAACACGCCUGAAGAGCGUCUUGAAAGAGGCAAACUCUUUGAAUAGCUUCGAACUAUGGAAGAGCCCAGAGGUUGAUUCAUGGGCUAAUGCAACGGGGUCUCACUUGUGGGUCAUUGCACCUGCGGGAGCAGGGAAGACUGUGUUCGCCGGCGCAAUAAUCAGGGAAGCAAUUCUACGACGUCAUAACCACACUGUGGUAGUCUAUGUCCUGUGCAGCUUUGCAGAUGUACGAACUCAUAACCCAGUCAACGUUCUAAGUACAAUCGCUGCCCAGGUUGCACGCCAGAACCAGGCCGCUUUCAAACUGCUUCAGGGUUAUUACCAAGAGCUGCACCAACACAAGAAAAAAACCAAAAGACCCAUGAUCGAACGGCUCAAGUCUGUCUUAUGGGAGAUGUGCAAGUUCUUCGAACACGUUCUGAUUGUAGUUGAUGGUUUGGAUGAAUGUGGAAGCGGCACCGCCAGCAUUGCAGAGUCUUUGGCUUCACUUGCCUGCCAGGGCGAGGAGGCGCUUCGUGUGGUGAUUGUUUCCAGGCUACAGGAGAACAUUGAAAACUCAUUUGAGGGGAGGUUCUGCAAGGUUCAGAUGACGCAUACCGAAAAUGACCGACACCUGUUUACUGCUACAGAGUUGGAGAGGCGGAUUGCCUGCGGAGAUCUCAAAUUCGCCGACGCAGCAAUGAAGGACAAAACCACUCAGAAGCUCUGUCUUGGCUCAGAAACUAGUCAUGCGAUGCGAAGAUGGAGUUCCUUCAAACGCUCCCGUGCACUCUCGAAGCCACCUACAGGCUUAUUUUGA